AUGGACUCUGUAGAAGCCAAUGAACAGCAGAACCAUCAUAUCGGUGAAGCCUUUCGCAAAGUUCAUGAAUUAGUUAAUAUACCACUGUCUGAGGAUGUUCCAGCCAUUCAGGCGGCAAAUUUUUCAGUCAUGUAUCAGGCCAACACCGAUACAAACUUCGGUGACAUAACGGCUUUUAAAUCUGCAUUUGCUGGUUCUUAUGAAGAUGCUAUCGUCUAUGCCGAGCUCCAGGAUCUUUAUAAUCAAGGACAGGAGUACGCCAUCAUGCUCUAUACUUGGCGUUCAAUUUCUCGCGCACUUCCGCAUGAAAAUGCAAUAGACUGCUUUCUAGGGAAAUUAAAGGGUUUAUCCAGAAAAGAAUCUCAUCACAAAUCUGGCUUCAUGAAUCAAGCGUAUAUGCUUAUGCUAGGGAAGAUGCUAAAAAUGUUUGCACUUCUCGAUGAAAUGAAAAAUAUGAAAGCUAGUAUGAAAAAUGACUUUUCCCACUACAAACGAGCAUCCCAAUUUAUGCAAAACGGAGGAAGUGAUUGUUCCUCUGAUAGUCAAAUGACAGUCAAUGAGAUGCAAAAAGUCAGCAUGUUUCUUGCUACUCAAAAAAUAAUCCGUGAUAAACUCAAAGAUAAUCUUUCUCAGAUUGAUGGCUUCGAGGAUAUUCUUGCUGAAAUCAUCAACAGUAGUGUUAGCAUGUACGAAAAUCAUGUUUACGUGUUGCCUGAGGAGAAACACACUCUUGUCAUGGUAAUUGCCUUUUUAGCUUGUCCAAUAUCGAUUCAGGUUAUCGCCUUCUCCCUUUACUUGCUCGAUUCGUCGAAAAUAGUUGAUGGGAAGCAGGUCGGUGUGACCAUCCCAAAAAUGUCCAAAAAGAUCAAUAUAAACAAAAUUGACAAGAUCUUUAAGGAAUGUGAAGUGGUCAAUCUUUUUGGUGACAUGAGUUUGGAACCCUUUAGUUAUGUGAAGCAAACACUGUCGUUUGAUGCGUCCAAAUGGCCAGAGUGUACUGGUACGCGAGUAUCAAGUCAAGGAGUUUUGCUGACUCAUAUGAAUCGCUUCCUAAAUGAAUAUACGUCACUAACGGCUGAUCUUGCUUGGCACACGAAUAUCGCGGUUACGAGAACAAGCGAGCGUUCUGUCGCCGAGAACCGCGAACUCUACGACCUCGCCCUUCGAGGACUUCAGUGCCUCUCGUCCUGGUCUGUCCAGGUGUUGGACACCUUCACGUGGAAGUUGGCACACUGCGCCGACGAACACACAAAUAGGGAAUGCCCCAGUGACGCUGAAAACUACGAGCGAGCCACCCGCUAUAAUUACUCUUCAGAAGAACGAUGUGCACUAAUUAGACUCGUUACUAUGAUCAAGUCAGUCCAAACACAGUUGCUUCGCUUGGAGACUAAUUAUUCAGAAGCUAUUCGCCGGUCUGUCUACCUCGAUUUGCACGGCCUUUUAAACCAUUUUCACAACCUUCUCGCCAAGGCGAAUAGUAAGAAGAAGGAUAAAAUUAAGCUGAACCGACUGGUGCAUGCUCUUCAGGCUACUUGUGCUGACCAGACCAUGGUGGAUGCAGUUGAAGCAGACCUAAUAAUGACUGGUUCGAGUAGUAGUGGAGGCGGGAAGUCGGGCUGGGGCGGUCGGUCAGUUUCGUCAAAGGCCUCAGCGCAAAAUAGCCUCACUUCCAGCUCGAAUUCAACCCUGGCCAAGGCGGCGGCUUCGAUGUCUGGCACUCCUAUGCGUCGUGUCGGUCCCUCCUCCACGCAACUCUACCUCGUGCGGACUAUCCUCGAGUUGAUGAUCGAUCAGGCCUCACCGGCAGCAAAGUAUCACUCGCUUAGAAAGGAGCUUGACAGCAGCACAAUGACUGCAAUUGAGGUCUUCUUAAAGAAUAGCUUUUAUUGGCCAUAUCUCCUAAACUUUAGUGAAACCCUGGUCAAAUGCUGCGACCUCUCCCAGUUGUGGUAUCGUGAAUUCUUCCUGGAGAUCGCUAAUGGCACACGAAUUCAGUUUCCUAUCGAAAUGAGCCUUCCAUGGAUCCUUACUGACCACAUCUUGGAGACGCACGAUCCCGCUCUGAUGGAGUCGCUGCUCUACCCUCUGGACCUCUACAACGACGCCGCCGACUGUGCGCUAAACCGUUUCCGCAGACGCUUCCUCUUCGACGAAAUCGAGGCCGAGGCAAACCUUGUCUUCGACCAGCUGGUUUACAAAUUGUCCGACCAGUUGUUCCGCUACUACAAGCAAUACGCAGCCUCAAUUUUAUUGGAUAAGAGGUUCAGAGCGGAGGCACAGAAAGCCGGCUGGCGGGAACCAUAUCCCCAGCCGAAUCGGUACUCCUCUGCACUCAUUCGCCAGCGCAAUGUCCAGCUGCUGGGACGCUCCAUUGAUCUGUCCUGCCUCUUGUCACAGAGGAUAAAUAAAGCCAUAAUGAAGUCCCUGGAAGAGGCAAUCCAGCGUUUUCAGUGUUCCGACAUAACUGGCGUUGUGGAAUUGGAGGCGCUGAUAGAGUGCAAUCGCCUGUGCCAUCGCAUGCUUUCUGAACACCUGGACCUGGACGAUUUCGAUGACAUGCUCCAGGAGGCCAACAAUCUUGUGACCUCGCCCUUGAGCAAGAUCGCCUUCCAUGUCUUCUGGGAGGUGACUUGGGACUUGGUCAAAAACUACUGCUACAACGGUUCUACCAAUAGGUUCGUUCAGACGAAAUUCGCCCUGGCCGAGACGCUCGAACGCGAGAAGCCCCAACUCUGCCCCCCCGAGUACCUCUGGGGCAGCAAGAGCCUGAACUCCUGCUACGAGGCCAUUUUCCAGCUCUACCGUGGCUUCAUUGGCACUCCUCAUUUCUCCGCCAUUUGCAGACUCCUAGGAUAUCAGGGAAUUUUUAUAAUCUUUAUUGAAAUAAUGAAAUUCUGCAAGUCACUGAUAAACCAGACCAUAAAGGAGUACGUUCGCCGGAUCGGCAGUAUGAUGCCCAAAUCAGUCUCUCUGCCUGGCCCCACCGCCAACUCCGAGAUUCAAUACGCCCUCUACAGCUUGUCAUUGCAACGCGUAUACCAGUAUUCUGAUCUACGAACUAACGUUUGCCAAAAUUUUCGAGAGCUUGGCAACAUCAUCAUCUUCUGUCUGCAAAUGGAAAAGUGCCUUACAACUGAGGAUCUCUGUGACCUGAAGCACGCUGAUGCUUUUAUCAGGAAACCACCAGCUGCUACAGGUGAAAGAUCGAACACGGAUCCAAAAAUACGAGAUCAGCAGAACCGGCUUGAUGCUCUGAACAUAUCCAAGGUCGCGUCAACUGUGGGUUCAGCGGAGCUUGUCGAACUGACUGACGGAAAUGUGGUUCUUACCCGGGAACGUCUGUGCUGUGGCCUGGUGCUCUUUGAACAGCUUCUCCACCGCAUUCGUGAUUUCCUGAAUGAAGAGGACCCGCAGCCAGUUGUGAUGAACGGUAUCGCACGUCAGGUGCCUCGCAACGUCUGGUACGGUAGUGAGGCGUGCGGAACCACGGUGGACGCGGACGAGCUCAUUGAGAUCGAGGGUUGCACCCAAUUCCACCGAGUCUGGUCCGCGAUCCAGUUUGUCUUCAGCACACCGUUUGGCGAGAAUGAGUACACUGUAGAGGAGAUGUUCGGCGACGGACUCAACUGGGCCGGGUGCACACUGAUCACCUUGCUUGGCCAACAGAGACGCUUCGAGAUGCUUGACUUCGGAACCCACUUCCUCAAGCUUCAGAGAAACGACAAGAAGGACACCUCGAAGGAAGGCGUGUGUCUCGCUCGUUUGGCUACGCGUUUGAGUCGUUUCAGUGUGCUGAACCGUCAGAUAUUUGCCAUACUUAACAACUACCUGCACCCGAUCGAUAAACCUGACAAUCAGGCGAACGUGCGUCACUUCCCGCCCCCCCAGUGGCCACGAGCGUGA